AACAAACCAGCAGAGGGCAAAAUCGAAAGGCUGAUAGAUUAACUUAUAUUUUAGUGACUUUUGUUACAGAAAAUAUUGAAAAAAAACCUUAUAAUGUGUUUAUGUUAAAUAAACAUAUUUUGUGAUGUUAACAACCCUUUUUACACUUGAUCACUACCAAGUAGUUAGAAAGUCAGCCACCACUGUACCGCCCACUUAGUCGUACCUGCCAGUAUCUACAUACAUACGCACGUAUGUAUGUGUUUAUUCGGUCAUUGUCUGCGUCCGACUUCCUCAUACCAAAACCCCUUGCUAUUCCAAUAUACCGCUUAUCAAUCGGUAAACAUCGACGCGGUCAGUGAAUAACAAUUAACGACUUUGACAGGAGUUAGGAGGAACAAAGAACACAUCAAAGGCGCGCAUCUGGCAUGAAUAAUAGAUGGGAAUGCGAAUCCGGGCAUUAUUCAUGGGCAUCCGCAUCCAUUCACGGCUUCCCCGAGAUCUGUCCCAUUUAAAUGGAGCCCUACCUGGUCCCCAAACCGACUCAUACUCAAUUCCGGCUUCGGUGUUUACCGCAUAACGUAGCUACGCCUAUUAAUCAUUUAGCACCCGAAGGCGCUAAUAGAAAGAGUGUUCUCCUCGGUGGACGGUGCUUCACUGGCUUCUCCAGAUCCAUCUUGUGGAUGUAGAACCACAGCUAAGAUGCAGUUCUUCAAUAUCCAAGGUUUUCUUUGGCAGGAAAUCUGAUAUAGCCGGGGAUCGGAAUCGAAAUUGGAAUCAGAAUCAGAAUCGGAAUCGACAUCGAAAUCGGAAUUGAAAUCAGAUAUAUUUGGAUUAAGAAUCGCACGAGGCAAGUGACUGUAAUCGCAGAAAUCAUUGUUCAAUGACAGCAGCCGCGGCAGUUUUUACCGCUGCUGCUUCUGCCUCUGCUACUGCCGCUGGCCACGCCCCCUCCGCUUCCGCCCCCAAAACUGAUCCCAUUGCAGCGGAGAAAGCCAAAGUGCACAGUUAACAACGCCUCAAAGCAACCGAGACUGGAAGAUUUAGUUGUGGUCCUGGUCAAGAAAGAGGACCACUUUCGGGACAGACAAUCGCAGGAGAUUUGCAGUCUAUAACGUUCGCACAUAGAGGCGCUCAAGGUAACAAGGAUAUCAACGUCACGAUGGUGAAGACGUUUCAGGCCUACCUACCGUCCACGAAUCGGACAUACUCAUGUGUUCACUGCCGCGCCCACCUCGCGUCCCACGACGAGCUCAUCUCGAAGUCGUUUCAGGGCAGCCAGGGACCGGCCUAUCUGUUCAACUCGGUGGUGAACGUGGCCUGCGGCCAGACGGAGGAGCGGGUGCUGCUAACCGGCCUCCAUGCGGUGGCGGACAUCUACUGCGAGUGCUGCAAGACGCCGCUGGGCUGGAAGUAUGAGCACGCCUACGAGUCCAGCCAGAAGUACAAGGAGGGCAAGUUCAUCAUUGAGCUGGCGCACAUGAUCAAGGAGAACGGCUGGGACUGAAGGGCUGUCCGUGUGAUGGGCUGAAAAAUCAGGAGCACACCCGUAACAGGAUCAGGAAAACAGGAACUGCAGCAGCAGCAGCAGCAGCGGCGGCGUCGGCGGCAGCGGCGGGAAAAGCAGCGAGUUCACCACACAAAAAAAACGAAACACACACGCGGCAAAUUGCAAAUUGCAGACAAAGAGUGCUUACAAAAUGGCUAACGUCUGGAAAAAUUCGAAAGGAGAAGAAACAGAAAAAAACAAGAAGAAAAGGUCAACCGAAAAGCGAGAUCGAGUUUUAUCGAGUUUUAGGGUACCACACAAUUAUGUAUAUGCUAUUAUAUAGUGCAUAACUCGGCGUAUCUUAUAGAACAAAACAAACAAACAAAUCAAUCAGACACACAGAUAUACCGCUCAUUCGAUCGAAAAACACCCAUUAUAUAGAAAGCUUGAUUAGGCUUGGGAAGGAUCUCUGCGCUGGCCGCCAUCUAGGAUUUCCGCACUUUCAUUUCGUUUACCAUUACCCAUUUAUACCACUUUGUUUUCCUUUUACCAUUUUGCGUUGCAAGUUGAUUCAAUUAUGUGUACUUUCUGUGCAAAAUCUGCCUUAAUUCGAUGAUUUCAAAUAUUAAACUGGCGAAAGCCACACGCAAAACAGAACUUGCACUGCCAAUAAAUGAGAGAAAUGUUUAGCAUCCAAAAAUAACACAGCGACAGCAGGAACCAUUUGAUGAAACACAUGCGAAAUCAAAAAUGAGGAAAACAAAUUGAUAACACUCACCGACAUAGACAAACAUACACACUCAAACAUUUUUUAACGUAGUAGUUAUAUUUAAUAAAAUUAUUACAAUUAA